CCACAGGCUGUGGCCGAUGUUUCUACAACCCUUCUGGCCGCGUGGUCAAUGGUGAGGAUGCUGUCCCCUACAGCUGGCCCUGGCAGGUAAGAGGAAUAUCCGCUGCUCUCAGGCCGUCCCUGGGCUCCAGGUCCCCAGUGUUCUCUGUUUCCACAGCCAAAGGGCCUCUCCCUGACAAGCUUCAGCAGGCACUGCUGCCCGUGGUGGACUAUGCUCACUGCUCCAGGUUGGACUGGUGGGGCUUAAGCGUGAAGAAGACGAUGGUCUGUGCUGGCGGCGACAUUCGCUCUGGCUGCAACGGUGACUCUGGAGGACCCCUUAACUGCCCUGCUGAAGAUGGCGCCUGGGAGGUCCAUGGAGUGACCAGUUUUGUGUCUGCCUUUGGCUGCAACACCAAGAAGAAGCCCACGGUGUUCACUCGGGUCUCAGCCUUCAACAAGUGGAUUGAGGAG